AUGAAAGAUGGUUCGGUAAGGCCACCAGAAGUGGUGGGCGAAAGGCUGAUGGAUGAUAUAUUGGAGUACCUUGCUCCGACCUUGGAAAGGUAUAAAGGAUGCGCCAUAUUCGACCUGUGCCCUGGCACGUGCUUAUGGUCGCGCAAAGUCCAUGACUUUCUCAAGCCAACAACGCAUCUCCUAGUGGAGCCCGACGCCCAGUUUCACGAACAUGUUCAUGAGCUGGUGAGCCAACCAGGUUCUUCUUACAAGCACAUUGCUCCGCCUCGGGGAGUGUUACCAUACUGUUUUGACCAGUUCCAUCACGUCUUCGAUGAGGGCGGACCGAUUCCCCGACCACGCCUAGCGUCGAAUGAUCCAGGUCUACUGGAAACAGAUUACUCUCUUCUGGUGAUUGGCAGUCUCAAUCGACGCGACACCUUCCACAUGAAUGGGGGAAAGACGAGAAGCGGGUCCCUGUGGGCUACUGAUAUGAUGUGCUGGAGCGCACUCGAAAACAAGCACAUGCAUCGUCGCGGCCCAGUGCGGAUGCUAUUGUGGGCCCCAGAGCAGGACCGGCUGGUCUAUCUCCCCGAAUGGAUCAUCAAACGGACUGAAAAAGAGGCCACAAUCAGUCUUGCGAUGAAUGUCCAGGCAGUGGCUGAAGUGGGUAGUGUGAAGAAGAAGAGGGCCAACAGUUACGAAUGGAACAGUCCCGCCCGAUGGAGCGGCUUCGACCUGGCCAGCGAGGAGCGCGUGUCGCGUCGAAUGAGCCAAAUCAACAUGCGUGUACCCGAGGGCCGUUCUAUUCGCCAUAUGUCUCGCACCGAUGUUGACAGGCAGAUGCCCAAGGGUAAAUCGCCCUACGAAGUCUGCUACGAGAGCGUAGAAGAGGUCGAAAGCGCGCUGGCGGACUUGGUACAGCAUUGGAAUGAGCACAAGUCGAGAUACACGGGUGUUGGUGCGUCAGGCCUGGCAAAAGGAGUGUCGAGGAGAGAUGCCACGCUGGAGGAACUCUAUUCACUAGUGACAUUUUCCGAUCUGGUAGAUGCCAUGCACGAAAAUCCGUGUAAACUGAGCAGAUCGGCUAUCAGGAAGGAAGAAGCUCUCAAGGAGGAGAUGGAUGAUGAGGCGGAGGCACCAAAAGGAGCAGUGCCCGUCAAAAGCGCGCAAAAGACUCACAUGAGGGGAAUAGAUGCAAGAAUCACUCUGCGCGCCGACGCUGCUCUGCGCGCCUUCAAUCUGGAGGUGCAUUGCAAGAUUCUGGAAGAACAAGGCCAUGAUAUUUCCUCGCUAACGCAGCGCAUCACUCAAUUCCACGACGAACUAAUCGAAACCACCUCCUACGGCCUCGAAGACUGGGAACGACUAGUCGAAGACUGGAUGUCAUUCUACGCUCCCACCCCCCUCUUAGCCAUCGACAAACGCCAAUACGAGCCCCUCAAAGCCAAUCCAGAAGACUUCUGGCCCGCCCAAAACCUCGACCUUCUCGAUUUCACACCUACCAACUGCGACCUCACCGUCCCGGGCCUAGCCAACCAAAUCAAAGCAGCAGGCGCAUGCCGCGAUCUCCUCAACUAUCUCUUCCUCUUCCGCAAACAGAGUAUUACAUUAGCACUCGAAAAACUCGCGCCGAAUGCUGCUAGUGAUUUAAUUUGUCAAGUACCUGCUAUGACGGAUCCGAGACGAGGUGGAAGAUUAGAUCCGAAAUUUCUCAAAGUUCGUCAGUUGACUUCGGAAAUGCUGCAGGGGUUGACUAAGGCGUGGUUUGAGUGGCCUUUUAAACCUGAGGGGUGGGAAUUUUUGGGGAUUGCGAGGGGUGGGGAUUAUAGUGGUGGUGGGGGUUCGGAUGAUGAUAAUGCUGCUGCUGCUGUGCCUGGUGUGGUUGACGACAGUGGAUGA